GAAGCUGGUGGCGCACACAUAUGGCGCGCGACGCCAAAGAUAGAGUAACAAAUCAGGAAUUUCCCUCCUGCCACUCCUGAGAGCGCAGGAGAGGACACGGGUUAAGGGUUUAGCGCUUCUCCUCCACAGAGGGACAAACGGAAAGGCAGCUGAUUCGCCACAAUGUUGGUUUUCUCCCCGAAAAUCAGCACAUCGACACGUUUUCACGCGCGUUGACCGCAUCGUUUGGGAAUUUGUUUUGAUGUUAUUUUGCCAGUAGUGUCGACCAGCGGUCUUUAAGCCUUUUUAGAUAAACCUUGCUGGAAUAAACUGCAGGAGAGCAGGAUUUUUUAAACAAAACCCAACUAACCCUAAACUUUGGGUUUUGUGACUUAUUCUCAGAGUUUCGCUCGCCGGUCGCCGCUUUUUACCUCCUGAGUUUUUCAAUGGCGUAGGACGUUGCAAAAGUUUGCUUCUUUUUUUUGUUUGUUUGUUCGAUCACCUUGUGGGGGACAAGGGUUUGGUGUUUGCCAAGCAUGUGCACAUCUGGAGUACGUGCGUAAAAACCAAUCGGAGUGUUUAAAAAGUAGUGAAAAGCCAUCGCCGUGACUUUAGUGAGAAGGGGAAAGCGGAGAGGAAAGACGGCGUCCAGGAGGAUGCUGCUGCUCGGACAAUGGAAGUGAAGAACUCUUUCGCUGUCGUUGCGCUGCUUUGUCUUUCCUUUUGCUCCACUUUCAGCAAAGAACUCAACCCCAAAGGAAGGAAUGUUUGCAAAGAAUCCGGAUCUCCAGGGUUCGCGUGCUGCAGCGGGUGGGGACAGCUAGGCGGCGAGUGCCCGACACCUCUCUGCCACGGCAACUUCACCUGCAAGGAAAACGAGGUGUGUGUCCGGCCGAACGAAUGUCGCUGUCGCCAUGGAUACUUCGGAGCGAGCUGUGACACUAAGUGCCCAGCCCAGUUCUGGGGUCCCGACUGCAAGGGGAAGUGUAAUUGUUACCCGUACGGCCAGUGCGACGACUUGACCGGCGAGUGUUCCUGCAACCACAACCGCUGGGGACUCACCUGCGAGCAUGCUUGCACGUGCCAAAAGGGCAAAUGUGACGAAAAGACGGGCAAAUGCACAUGUCACCCCGGCAUCUGGGGUCCCUCGUGCAACAACAACUGCUACUGCAGCAUCAACUCCAUCUGCAACGCGAUGUCGGGCCAAUGCAUGUGCAGCCCCGGCUGGACGGGGAGGAACUGUGCCACCCAGUGCACCUGCAACAACUCGCCCUGCGACCAGUUCACGUCGCGCUGCCAGUGCCGAGAGGGCCUGUGGGGCCCGCGGUGCGAGCGCUACUGCCAGUGCAUCCACGGCAAGUGCAACCAGGGGGACGGCUCGUGUACCUGCACGCCAGGGUUCCGCGGGAAGUUCUGCCGGGAGCCGUGUCCCGCCGGGUUCUACGGACAAAACUGUAGGAACAGGUGUGGCCACUGCAAGGGCCAGCAGCCCUGCAAGGUGACCGAGGGACGCUGCGUCACCUGUGACCGGGGCUGGAAUGGGACACGGUGUGACCAGCUCUGCUCCAAAGGCUUCUUUGGUGAAAAUUGCCAAGAGGCGUGUCCCUCCUGUAAGGACGGCCACCACUGCGACCCCAUUCAUGGCAAGUGCUCUCACUGUAACCCUGGCUGGAUUGGGGACAGGUGUGAGGUGCGUUGCCCCAACGGCACGUAUGGCGAGAACUGCGAGAACAACUGCAGCCACUGUUUCAACGGCAUCUGUCAUGUUGUCACCGGAGAGUGCCUGUGUGACCCGGGAUUUUAUGGCACCUACUGCAAUAUGACCUGUCAACCCGGGCAGCACGGAGUGAACUGCAACCAAACCUGCUCUUGCAACGACAAGAACUGCGAUCCCGUGUCUGGUGCUUGCUAUCUCCAGCGCAACCGGCGGAUGGGUGUGAUCGCGGCUGGAACCCUGGUCUCCUUCCUGCUCGUCGUCCUGCUGUCGCUGCUGUGCUGCUGCUGCAUGUGCCGACACAAAGACGACCACAACAAAAAAGCCAAGCGGAUCCUGUGUGGACGAUUCAGCCGAAUCAGCACUAAACUGCCCCGUAUUCCACUGAGGCGACAGAAACUGCCCAAAGUAGUCGUAGCCCACCGCGACCCAGAAAACACCUUCAACUGCAGCUUCAUCGAGCCCCCGUCGGUGGCUGAGCAGCCCUCCCCCUCCUCCUGGUCCUCCCAAGAGUCGUUUUCCUCCUACGAGAGCAGAGACAGAGACGAGGGGCCGGUUUACUGUUAUCCCCACGAAGGAUCGUUGAAUGGAAGCAAAGAGAAGGGCAGCCCCGUCCCAGCGACAGAGAAGCCAGAAUCUGUCCCCAACGAGGACGACGCAGGGGAGUACACGUCCCUGAAAGACACCAGCAUCACGAGAGCAGAAGGCAGCGAGCAGCCCGACAGCGAAGGCUCCACCAGCGGCUCCGAAUCCAACGCCGCGGCUCUCUACGCGCGCAUCGCUCGCCUCUCCAAGCAGUCCAAGGAGGACGACGGCGGCGGCGGCAAGGACGGGGAGGGCGCCCCCACCCCGGAGGCAAAGCGCAACGGAAAGCUACCGCCUUCGCCGGGCAAGACCAAGCCACGCCCACCGGACCCGUCCACCAAGCCCAAAGUGUCGUGGAUACACGGCAACACCACGGGGUCUCCCCAGCCAGAGCACCUGGGGCCGGGGGGAUCGAAGGCGCCCGCCGGGCCGAAGGAGAAAAAGAGGAGCGCCAGCAAUGGCUCGGCCAAGAGCGAGGAGCAGCAGAAGAUGAAGGAGAGGAGUCGCGAGCAGCAGCAGAAGAAACAAGAGGGGAAGGAGGCGGAAGUCAACGGCUCCCCCGGCAAACACAAACCUCUGCGAGGCAAAAGGUCCGGGGACGAGCAGGGCAGUCCGAGUCACAUGGAACACAUCAAUGGUGUGGUUCAUAAUGCCUUCAAGAAGUUAAGUGGCUUCCACAGCUCUUCAUCUGAGAAGAAGGUGGCCGAGAGUCCGAAGGAGACCCCCAAGGAGCCACCGAAGAACCCCAACGUCAUCCCCCCUCACAUGAACUCUGAGGCUGCCACACUGCUGGCCGCUCAGCUCAAGGAGAAAACCCAGAGUAUCAACAGGAACGAGGGGACGGGUCUGACGAAGACCAACGGGCUCUCCACACCCAAGGGCAACCGGGAGAAGCCGGCGCCUCCGCAGAAAGCCAAGAGGAACCCGUCCGGUGGAUUGAGCCAGCAGGGCUCCACCAAGCCACUGCUGCCCACCUCCAGCAGCCUCCAGAAGAUGGUGGCCCCCGUGGCCACCGACCUCGGGACCCCCGAAGCCAAGAGCCCGGAGAAGCAGGACUUGAACGGCUCAAGGGCGGGGGACCCGAUGUCCGAUCCCACACCAAAGAAGACUCCCAUGAAAAAGCCACCCAGGAAGAAGGGCAAGGAGGGUACUUUGGACACGUCAGAAAGCAAAACACCCCAGCAAAAGACAGCCAUGAUGCCACCACAGGUAGUGAAAUAAAUGUUCUUACAGACACAUUUUGUAAUGGAUACCAAAGAGACUAAAAUGGAUUUGUCGGAAGGAAAACCUCGUAGCGAGGAAUUUAAACAUUCACUGACUGUGCUGCGACUCCGUGACCGUCCGUCCGAGAGAAAUGCUUCUAAAUCAAGGGUGCAGUUGAGUCGUAUUGGUGAGUUAUGUUAUAAUGAACUUUAUACACCGUCGUAUUGUGUUUCAAGGAUCCCUUUUUUGUGUAAUGACUAUGUUUCGAUCUCGCACCGCAACCUGCGGCUAAAGCCAGACACAACAGAGCAGUGGUUCACAGACGUAAUCUAAAAUGCAUCCAUCUCCGUCCUUCUGCAGUGUGUCCACCACUAUAUUUAUACACGGAUUGCUUUUGGAGGCUGCAUAGCUGUAAUUUGCUAAGGUGUCGUAAAAAUUGUUUUUUAUGCACGCUCUCCAAAGGUACCGAGGGUACUAAAAAUAACAAGAAAAUUAGGUCCUCUGAGUAAUGCUAAGCUAUUUUGUUUGUUUUUUUGUUUUGUUCGUGCGCCAAAAUGCAUGAAUACAGUUGUAUACCUUAAGCUACCCUUAUUUCUGUUUGUCAAGCCUUUUAUUUGCAGGUGAAGGUCAACUUAAUUACGUCAAUCAAGAACAACACGACUUUCCUAGCGAUAAAAAGGCCUUUUUAUUUUCUUCCUCUGUUUUUCUGUUCGAGCACAUUUCAACGCUUUUCUCUAAUUAAAAUAAUCUUUCGCCCCAAAGUAUGCAGGUUUUGCUACAUUUAGUACUUAAUUGUCCUUUGUGCUUCUGAGUCACUUUGAUUUCCUCACUGAGCUUCAGCAUUGGUCUCGAGGCUUUUAACUGCAUAAAUUCAAAUUAAUUUUUUGUAAUAUUCUUUAUUCAGCCCGGAGCAAUCUGUUGUCCAACUCCAUCAGACAUCAGGCAGUAUUUCUUUGAUACUUUUGCGAAACAGGUGUUUUAAACUUUUUUUUAUACUUGUGCGAACACCAAAUCACCAGAAUGUCUUCACUUUAAACUCAAUAGAGCAACAUCUGGGGUUUGUGUACAGCGUACAGCAUUGCUGGGGGGGCAAAUCAGAUGCCAAAGAUAGUAUUUCUACAGUAAUCACUCUUAGUAGUAUUCGCUACAAACCUGACACAAAAGGAGACUCCUGGGUGUCUUUAUCUGUUCGCUUAGUUUUUCACGACAAACUAGGUCAAUGUCGCCAUCUGAGCUUCUUUCUUCUCAUAUGUAUUUGUUUAUGCCAUCGGCUGUUGUGUGGCAAUAAAAUCUUGCACCGGAUAUUUUGACCCUUAAGGAUCAUAUUAUCUUAAACUAAGUGGAUUCACGCUGAAGUAACAGGAUGCUUGAUUUCUUUUUUUUUUAGAGUGCAAAAUGGUACAAAAUGGUGCCGGGCCUUGAGUGUUAAAAUGUGCCUCAACUGUGGAUCAGUUUAAGCAAAAGAAGCCAUGUUUUCCUAAAUGUUGUUGAUCCUAAAAUGAGUAAACCAAAAAGGUUAUCGGGCGGGGAUACUUGAAUAGAAAGGAAACCGUUUUUAAAUUCAGUUGUUGGACGGAUGAUAGGCAGCGGUAUGUUGAUGGCUGUAGAAUAUAUUACUACAGCAAUGACAAAGCUAAUUGGAAAAGUUGUCUUGGUUUCAAGUGCUUUUAUCAAGGUACAACUCAUUUUGUUUAUUUUUCAACUUGUAUACAUUGUGUACUUUUUUAUUAUCCUUGUAAGCUGUGCUUAUAUGACUUUUUUGGUUCCUCUGUUUUUCUUGGUUUCAAUGAACUGGCUUUCAUGUUGUUUUUGCUUUUUUUUAAUUUGUUGCUUAUUUUUGGCUCUGAAGCAAACCUACCGUAUGAGUACUUUCCAUCUUGUAAAGUUUACAUUGGCUUUGUUAUUGUCCUGUUAAUGUUAUUGUUUGUGUAACACUUAGCUGCGUGACGCAGAGUGUAGAUAUAUGGCAUUAAUAGCUGCACCGGAAAUCUGUAACCGUCUUCUUCCCUCAAGUUGUUAUUUUUGCCUCCCGUAAAAGAAAGAAACUCAUACGGAACGGAUUGUACAAUACUACUAUGAUACCACUCUUGAAAAAGUUGCAUAUACUCAAACCAUAACAUUGUGUAAUUAUGAUGUGGCAAUUUCUAUCUGACUGGUCCGUGCCUGUUUUUAUAGGCGUACAGUGCAUUUUUGUAAAGAAGGGCCUGAAAAGCUGCAAAAAAACGUUACCAACUGUAAGGUAUAUUUUGAUUUUUGUGGAUUUUUUGGGGGGAACUUUGAUUUCAAUGUUGUAUAUGGUCAUUCAAUUUCUUUCCUCAUUUACUUUGGAAUAAAAAGCAAUACGUGUAGCUCUAGUCGAACCCAAA